CCCUAUUCCAACUCCUCAAUUCAAAUUUUCUCGUUAUGAUUAUGUAUUAGUAAACAAGCCAUUAGUUUUAUACUUAUCGGUUAAGGGAAUGCUGCAGCUUUCUGCUCAAUAUCUUUUAAUUGAAUAGUUUGGUUGUGUAUAUGCAUAUGUUUUGGUUGUGUAAGUGUCUGCUGUCAAAUACAACCAUGCACUGGUAUUGUCUUCAAUUAACCACUUAGGCGAAAUAUAUGAAUGGUGUCAAACUUAUGGUAUUAUUGUUUGUUGUAGGCUUCGGGCCCUGUAGAGGAGCCAAUGAGUUUGGUAAUACCAGUGAUGCCAGCCGAAAUGAGUUUGGUAAUACCAGUGAUGCCAGCCGAAAGUGACGCUGAAAUUGAAGGUGAAGAAGUUCGUUUAAGGAUCUCAGGCGGUGAAAUGAAAGGAAUCACUGAAGCUCCACACUACAUAGAAAACGAAAAGGAUCCAGUCCUCAAGGAGUUGCGGAGCUUGAAUCCCCUGUCUUCCUGGCGGUGUAUCUAUAGAGUUCCUAAGCGACUACGGCAAGGAAAUGAGAAGGCAUAUACACCUCAAGUAGUCUCUAUAGGCCCACUUCACCAUGGCGAGGAACCCUUAAAAGGCAUGGAAGAGCACAAAUUAAGGUACCUGCGAAGUUUUCUAGAUCGAACCGGGGUAAGCUUUUGUGAUUAUAUACAAAUGAUAAAGAACCAAGAGGGAAGGUUGCGAGGUUUUUAUGCAGAAUCCGUUGAGUUUGGCAGUGAUGAAUUUGUAAGAAUUGUUUUAGUGGAUGCCGCCUUUGUCAUUGAGCUCUUAUUGAGGUACUAUGACAAAAAAUAUGGAGGUGAAGAUGAUUACAUAUUUAACAACCCUAGGAUGUUGUGGGAUGUGCGUCCAGACUUGCGGUUGAUUGAAAAUCAGCUGCCAUUCUUCAUUCUUCAGGAUCUUUUCAGAUUUUUUUCUUCUUCUUCUCUUUCGUUACUUGAUAUUUCCCACAAAUUUUUCAAAGGCGAAAUUGAUAGCAAGGGAAAAGAAGAGAAUUUUAAAAAUAUUUCUAAUGGAGAUGUACAACAUUUUGUUGAUCUGAUAAGAAUUCUAUACGGACAGUUGAAAUCAAAAACUAGAGCUAACAUCACAGUCACAGACACACCCAACGUGACAGAGCUACACCAGGCUGGAGUCAAGUUUAAGGAAGGAAAAGGCAGCAGCUUAUUUGACAUAAAAUUCUCGCAUGGGAUCCUCGAAAUUCCAAAGUUAACAGUGGACGAUACCACAGAGCUGACACUCAGAAAUCUCCUUGCUUUUGAACAAUGCCAUCGCAGAGAGGAGGAUUACCUAGCUAAUUAUGUUUUCCUUAUGAAGCGUCUCGUGAAAACCCCUGAGGAUGUGCAAUUGCUUGUUGAUAAGGAAAUCAUUGAUAAUUGGCUAGGUGAUACCCAUAAGAUAUCUACUUUGCUUCAUGACCUUGGCACCGGGAUGAUGGUUGACCACCACUACUAUGCCCCUCUUUGUAAAGAGCUGAAAGAUUACCGCGAAAAGCUCUGGCACGGAUGGAUGGUAAUUUUGAAACAAAAUUAUUUUAACACGCCUUGGGCCAGUAUUUCUGUUGUUGCUGCUGUUAUUCUCCUCAUACUCACUGUCAUACAAACAGCGUGCUCUUACAAAUCUGUCCCGCUCUUUUAAAUCUGUCCCUUAAGCAUCAACGACCGCUAGGCUCUCCCUUGCCAUAUACUUGGAAGUCUAGCCUAGUCUUUGAGAGAGUACUGAGUUUGCAUUUCAAUCUCAGGUUUCCUUCAAGUGAGCAUAAUAGAUGUUCCAACAAAAUAAAGUAUUGAAGAGUGAUUUUAUAUUUGAUAGGGAAGCAGUGUCUACUUGUAAUGGCUUUGUUGAAGUGUGUGUUGUAAAUAAAGAGAAGUGAUUCCCACAAACCCUUUUCUUCUCUGCA